UCAUCGAAAAUAACAAUGAACAAGUAUUAAUCUUCGAUAUAAUUCAAAGUUUUGUAUGCUAUCUAUACAAUAUGAAUGAUAUCAAUGAUGUUGAUGCUGCUAGGCUACAAAUGUUUAUUAAUUCGUAUACAGUAUCUGAUGUGAACGAAGCUUUUAAUCGAAAAAAGUUGCAAAAUUUCGAUGCUAGCUGUUUACCACCUUGCAAAAGUGAGCUAUGGCAGCAAUUUUUGCGAGCGAAUUACAUAUGUAGCAUAUGGAACAACGCUCACUUACAAAAGCCAACAGCAUAUAAACCAGUAAAUAAUGGUUGGAUACUGGAAAAUGACCACUACUAUUUUAAAUGGUUUGAAGGAGAUCAAUUACCGACUUAUGUCAGCGAAUCUCUAAAAACAGUUCCAGAAAACAAUGAAGAAGGCGAUAUUGAAGACGAUCAAUCCACAGAAUGGAAUAAUAGUGACGAGGAAUAUGGAUGUAUUGACGACGACGAUGAAAAUGAUGAAAAUGUUUAAAGAUUUUAUUAAAAUAAAUAUAUUUUUCUGUAA